CACUUGGCCCCGUUUCCGACCAUUCCAAAGAGUCGCUACGACACGGACCGUAACCAGCGCGAGUUUUACGGUCAGGAGUCCUUCCUGAAUGCCUUCAUAACCACGCAUUGCCGAGACUACUCGAACACCUUAAACACCUCCGGCUCUGUCGCCAUGGAGCAGCAGCAGCAGCAACGGCAGCAUCAGGAGGAGGAGGUGCUGCGGGAGAAGGCAAUCAGCGACGCCCUGAAGCGCAACCAAUGCGGCCUCUGCUUGCGCGUGUUCGCCAACUCGGCCAGCCUGAAGCAGCACAUGCGGCUGCAUCGCGGCGAGAAGCCCUACAAGUGCCGCUUCUGUGACAAGACCAGUGCCACGAUGUGCAAUAUCCUCACCCACGAACGCACCCACACCCGUGAGCGACCCUACAAGUGUGGCGUGUGCGGCGCUGACUUCAGCAGCUCCAGCAACCUUAAAACUCACAUGAGGACCCAUUCGGGCGACCGCCCUUUCCGCUGCAAUCUCUGCGACCGGCGCUUUGUCACCUCGAACGCACUGACCACCCACCUGAGGGCUCAUUGGGGUCUUCGGUUGCACCCCUGUCCCGACUGUGACCGUCAGUUCUCAACGUCGAGCAACCUCCGUGUGCACCAUCGGGUACGUUGUAUUCGUAGGUGGUCGACUGUCUGGUCAAUCAGCCUUGACAUUGGCCACUAG